GAGCUGUUUCACCCCUAGAAGCUAUGCACCAAACUCAAAAGAAGCAUCCUAUGACGUCUUCUAAUUUUGGAGGUGAACCCUUGACACAACCUCAAAUGAAUACAACUUGUUCACCGGGACUCCAAAAGGAGAAGUCUCCUGCAUAUAUUCAUGCUGAAAGCAACAAGAGGUUAAAUUUUGACUCUGACGAACCUGAAUCUCAAUCAGAGAGUGAAGAAGAGUUGCAUGAGUCAGGUGGAGUGGACAGUGGUGUGAAAAGAACAAAAUUUAGACGCCGAAGUAUUGUGAAAAAUUGGCCAGAGCAUGUCAAGUUUGAUGAGGAAGAAGAGGUUGUGGCAUUUGAUAUCGAUGGAACACGACACCUUGUGAAGGGUUCUGUUCAGCCUCGAGAUGUGUGGAAUGAUGCACCAAGAUUUAGGUACUUCGCCCAAUUUAAUGAAUUCAACCAACCUCUUCACAAAGGUGGCUCCAUCCUUGUGAGUUUCUUAGGAGACAUUGCUAAACGAGAAGAAUUUUGUCCCGUGGGAAUUUGAAAUUGGCAUAAGUUGAGCUCGAAUAUGAGAGGCAAUAUUGUUAACCUUGUUCGGGCACAUUUUCUGUUACCCGAUGGAAAGGAAAUGAGGAAUGCUAUUUUGAAGCGUAUUGGCAAAGCAUGGAAAAAUCAUAGAUAUGCAUUAAAGAAGGAUUAUUUUGAUUCCGUGGAAAAAACGCGUGAGCAAAAUUAUGCUAGUAUACUUGAUGGAAUCACAACUCAAAAUUGGAGUUUUCUGGUUGAUUAUUGGCUUUCAUCGGACGCCAAGAAAAUGUCUGAACUCGGAAAAGCUUCUCGUGCGUCGCAAGUUCUCGUGCGCAAGAGUGGUGCUAAAAGCUUUGCAAAUCGCAGAGCUAUUUUGAAAAAACAAAAAGGUGAUUUCAGUGAAUUGGAGUUUUUUAAAAGUGUUUACAGCGAAGGAGAUGGAAGCUUCAAAGAGGGCACAACAUCUCGUCAGUUUGUGGAGGAUGCAAUCAAGAAGGUGCAAGAAAGCCUUGAUAAGUCCUCUUCUUGCAUUCCCAAGGUUGAUAUUGAAAAUGAAGUUUUCAAUCAACUUAUGUAUCAAGGCGAGAUCCCUAAGCGUCCUCUAAAUUAUGGCUUUGGUGUGAAGCAAAGCGACAUCUUUGGAGUGGAAGGACAUUUAAGGAAAGAAGGGUCUUACUAUGUCAACAAUAGUGAUAUGGAAGUGGAGAAGUUGAAGGUUGCACUGUUAGAUAUGAAGAAGCAAAAUGAGGAUCUUGCUAAACAAAAUCAAAUAUUGAACACAAAAUUUGAUGCAGUUGGUUCUAUGAUGGCACAGGUUUUGAAGGCAACACGUAGUGGAAAUGUUUCAUCAGAAGUUAUAGAUAAUGCAAUACAACUACUUGAUUCUCAGGUUUGGAAUAAACCAUUUCUUUUUUCAUCCGCUUCCUUUUUUUUAAAAAUUUCCUUUCAUUAUCUGUGGCAAGAUAUAAAAUUUCCUUUCAUUAAAAUUUCCUCAAGCUAAUGCAAUACAACUACUUGAUUCUCAGGGCUGAAUCUAUAUUCCGUGGAAUCGUACGGGUUUUAAAUUCUGUAUUAUUGGUUUUAAAUUCUGUAUUAUUGGUUUUAAAUUCUGUAUUAUUGGUUUAGCUUCCUUGGUGCACCUUCUUUGCAUUAUGUGGUUUUCUGUAGCAAUAUAAUCAAGAGACUCGGUUUGUCUUAAACGACAAGACAGAAAGCUACAUUAGAAUAUUUUAGCUAUAUGCUACAGAACUAUGAAGUUACCUUAGGGGAUGUAAAUUCCUUGUAGUCAGAAUGAUAUAAUGUGAGCAAUAAAACCCAAUAUUUGAGAGGCACA